UUGAUUAUAUUAAAUUUUAAGUCCAAAUAGCAGAGUUUUUACUUCAGUUGUUAAGUAAUACCAGUAUGUGAGCCAGUUUUGAGUUUCUCAAGCAGCCAGGCUGUAGGAAGUGCAGUGUAUCUGUACCUUUCAAGAGGUUAUAUUUGUUUAUUUCUAAACUGAUUUGAGAGAAGAUAUGGCAUUGGUGCUGGAAUCUGUUUUUUCCCAUGCGGGGAUAAUAAGCACAGCCCAGCUCUCAGUUUCCAAAGCUGAAUUCAGCUUGCCCUGGAGAGUUGGUAAACAUACCUUCUGUAUUUCUGUAAGCUCCAGGCAGAUAGACCUGUGUCUUACCAGGGAGAGAGAGCAAGAAUAGCGACAGGCUGCCUGUACACCAUGUGCUGAUCUCUUUCUAAUUAGAAGCAUUGAGAUGAGCUGGAGGCUGGCCUAUCUCCCUUUAGCAUGUGAACAUUUGAUGAUGAUGUUUAUAGAUUUCCAGGGCUGUCAGAGUUGUGCCUCUGUGUGCGAGCCAAAUGUUGGAACAAAAAGCAAUGAAUCGGGAGUAGGAAGGCAAAGAGAGAGGAUGGAAGGCGGUGGGGGGCAGGGGAGACGGAAAGAAGUUGAAGGAGUUGAAAGUGAGAGUAAUGAAAACAGGUUUUGUGGAGGGGAAAAUGGUUACGAAUUGAAAAAAAAUCAGGAAAGGAAAACAGUGAAACUCCUUGCCCUUUAGUGCUCUUCUUAGAAGAGCAGACAAAUAAACAUAUUAGUUAUAAUUUUGUAACUUGUAUUUCUAAUCACUGGUACUUGUAUAUGCUUAGGGUAUGUUGGUGGGUGUCUGUAAACUUGCACAGAGUCCCCUGUCGGAUUCUGAGAGGUUAACAGAAGGGCAAAGGUUUGGUGCCAGAGAAAGAAAAGCCAAUUCCCUUUCUAAAUAGUUCAGAGCCACUUUUACCAGAGUUGAUGCUGGUUCUGAAAAUCAGUUUAACACCACCUCAGGAGACCAUUACAACUGGGUUUUUGGUCAGAUACCAGCUGCCCUUUAACCUAAAAUCCUCAGGGAGGAGGAGGAGAUGUUUUGAUUUAAAAAGUGCUUGCUUAGAGAUGCAGUGUGUUUUCACCACCACCUCCGGGAGACUAGUAAAUGCUAAUGAUUAUCAUUUGUUGUAAAUGGUAAUGACUGGGACAAGGAAUUUGAGACUGAGGUAGUGUCACUGCAGGCCUUCUGUCCAUGAUAGUUGGUGGGUCCCCCUGAAAAAGAAACUUUGUUUUGGAGAAAGUUGUAGGUUGCUUUCUGCAUCUUUUCUGAGUGCAAAGUAGUAAAACCACUGAGUAUCUCAUAAAACUGUUAAGGGACUUGUGACGGUGUUACUCUGAAUUUCUUGGGAAAUUAAGGUUGUUUCUGAAAUUAAAAAUGUAUUCUGGGGGGAGCAGUCCAAUCUGAAUCUGGUUGCGCCAACGUUGUGUCUGCAGCUCCCUGCCUGGCGGAGCCACAGCAAUAUGAAGUACAAUUUGGACGAUUACGCAAUUUUCUCACAGAUUCAGAUUCUCAGCACAGCCAUGAAGUGAUGCCUCUUCUGUAUCCCCUUUUUGUCUACCUCCAUCUGAACAUGGUCCAGAAUGGCCUAAAAAGCACAGUGGACAGUUUUUACAGCCGCUUCCAUGGCAUGUUCUUGCAGAAUGCCAGCCAGAAGGAUAUCAUUGAGCAGUUGCAGACUACCAUGACUAUUCAAGAUAUCCUGUCCAACUUGAAGCUCCGGGCUUUUCUGGACAACAAGUACGUCAUCCGCCUUCAAGAGGACAGCUACAACUACCUUCUUCGCUACCUCCAAAGUGACAACAACAACGCCCUGUGCAAAGUCCUGACCUUGCACAUUCACCUGGAUGUGCAGCCCGCCAAGAGGACUGACUACCAGCUCUAUGCCGGUGGGAGCUCCUCACGCAACGAGAGCAACGGCCUGGAACCCAGCGACGUGCCGGCUUCCAUUCUGCAGAAUGAGGCGGCACUGGAUUUACUGCAGGACAGCAUUAAACGUGUCAAGGACGGGCCCCCUUCCUUAACAACCAUCUGUUUCUAUGCCUUCUAUAACACGGAGCAGUUGCUGAACACUGCAGAGAUUUCACCAAAUAGCAAGCUGCUUGCUGCUGGGUUCGAUAAUUCGUGUGUGAAGCUGUGGAGCCUGCGUUCCAGGAAGUUAAAAUCUGAGCCCCACCUCGUUGAUGUGUCCCGCAUCCGUCUGGCUUGUGACAUCCUGGAUGAGGAGGUCUGGAUACCCAUUUCCCCCCCCCCCCCUACCCUUUCUGCCAAGGAGGAAGAGGAUGACAGCGCAGGCACAGAAAUGAAGAUCCUGAGAGGGCACUGUGGACCCGUGUAUAGCACGAGGUUCCUUUCAGACAGUUCAGGACUCUUAUCUUGUUCUGAGGACAUGUCCAUCAGAUACUGGGACCUCGGAAGUUUUACAAACACUGUGUUGUACCAAGGACAUGCCUAUCCUGUCUGGGAUUUGGAUAUUAGCCCCUGCAGCCUGUACUUUGCCAGUGGUUCCCACGAUCGCACUGCAAGGCUCUGGUCAUUUGAUCGGACGUACCCGCUGCGAAUAUAUGCAGGCCAUUUGGCGGAUGUAGACUGUGUGAAGUUCCACCCCAAUUCCAACUACUUAGCGACGGGCUCCACAGACAAAACUGUGCGCUUGUGGAGCACUCAGCAAGGCAACUCGGUGCGUCUUUUCACCGGGCACCGUGGCCCCGUACUCGCUCUUGCGUUUUCUCCCAAUGGUAAGUACCUGGCAUCAGCAGGUGAAGACCAGCGGCUAAAGCUGUGGGACUUGGCAUCAGGAACUCUUUACAAAGAACUGAGGGGCCACACGGACAACAUAACCAGCCUUACUUUUAGCCCCGACAGUAGUUUAAUUGCUUCAGCGUCGAUGGACAAUUCAGUCCGGGUCUGGGACAUUCGGAACACUUACUGCAACGCCCCUGCAGAUGGGUCUUCCAGUGAACUGGUUGGUGUAUAUACCGGACAAAUGAAUAAUGUACUGAGCGUACAGUUUAUGGCCUGUAAUCUUCUUCUAGUGACUGGAAUUGCACAAGAAAAUCAGGAACUUUAAUUUUUUUUUUUUUCUUAGGGAAGUGGGUGGGUGUAUUGAACGCCAGAGUCCAUUGCAAGCUGAGAGUACUGACUGUGAAACACUUUUCUUCCUCUGCCCCCUUGAAAGGCACGUUCAUUCAGAGUGAUGCAAAUGCUUUAAAAUGUCUUGCCCACAAAAAGGCCUGUGCUGUUGAACGGAGUAAGGAAAAAAGGAGGAGUGAUGAAAAUACAUAUACAUUCUAAUCUUGUACUUGUAGGGAUGGGGAAAAGGGGAGUAAAUCCAGUAGCUUGGGGAAACCAAAAGCCUGGUCCAGACAAGUGAAACUGCCAACCAGAUAAGCUGCUGACCUGCACUUAAAUAUCCUGCGUUGAUUGAUGGGCACAUCUUACCUACUGUUAACUGAGGCUUGAGUGUGUGGAGAACUACUGGCCCAGUGUUUUUUGUUUUGUUUUGCUUUUGUUUUCCUGUUAUUGCAGAGGACCAGCAUUUUAAGACCCUUCUAUUAAAAGAACAUUAUGUAUUUUCUACAGUGAUAGUGGUCCUAAAUAUUACAGCUCCCUGUAGCACUUCUGGAAUAUUUUGGACUAGCUAAGUAGAAAAUACCAUCUUUCUUUUUAGUAAGGGGAUGGAAAUCUGACCUCAGUUGGGGCCCAUCUCUGCAUUGUCACUUGGGUUUGGUUCCUGGUACUAGCUGUGAUAUUUGUAUUUAUGUUCCAUUUCUGAAUCUUGGAAUCUUUCUGAAUCUGGUUGCACUGUGUUUUGAGGAUGGGAGGACAGUGGGGGUAGAGCGGUGGCUUUAAGGGUAAUAAACAACUUGCCUUGUCUGGAGGGAGGGCACUAUAGAACUGAAGUGGCUAAGUUUGGACUCCUAAUGGAAACGGGGCAUGUCGGUCCACCACUGCACCUCACAGAAAUAUUUCCGUAAAUGGAAGUUGGCAGUCUAGGGAGAGGGGAAGGGGGAGAGAGACAAACACAAAGUGACAUGGGAAAAAAUAGUAUUACUAAAUUAUUGUGCGUACACAAAGGCAGCUCUGCCAGUGUUGGAUUUUUCUCAAAAUGUUGCAAUAUCAGUUUCAUGAACGCUUUGUGAGAUAAAUCAUCAGCAUUUACAACAAGGAUCUGCAAAAAAAGCACGUUCUAGUUUGUCAUUUGGAGAGAUUAAAUAUUUCUGCUUUCUGGAAA